AUGAGAACUACAGAAUCACAACAAUCUUAUAUAGAAUUUGUUAAUAACUUUUGGGGUGUUUCCCCAGAACAAAGUUUUCAUAUAAUUUCAACUAGAAUCAAUGAUUCACUUCUCACUUUAAAAGAAAUGAUAAUAUUUUAUCAAGAAAAGAUAUCAAUUGAAAAAGAAUAUAAUAAAAGGUUAGAAAAAUUAUCACAUAAAUGUCUGAUUGGAUCAAGAGAAACUGGAACUUUAAAAAAGUCUUUGGAUAAGUUAUUAGUUGAAAAUCAAUCAAUGAUUAAUUAUAAUUGGAAAUUUGUAAAAUCUUUAAAUCAAUUGAAUUUGGAAAAACUAGAACAAUUUAAUAAUCUAUAUAUAAAGAAAGUAACUAAAUUGAAAAAUCAUAUAGAUAAGUUAAUUCAUAAAAGACUGCAAGUGCUAAGAGACCUUAAUCAAUAUAAAUCGAAAUAUCAAGAAGAAUGUAGUAUGAUAAAGUCAUUAAAAUUAUCAUUACAAACUACAUGGGGAAAAGAAUUGGAAAAGAAUCAAAUCAAAUACAAUAAAAUCGCACAAUCAUUGAAUACAACGAAUAAAAAUUAUCAACAUUCAAUAUCAAUUUUUAAAGAAAUUAAUGACAUAUAUAAGAGAGACUGGGUAAUAUCCAUUAACGAUUUCUAUAAAUUAGAAAUUGAAAGGAUACAAAUAUUAAAAAUAAAUUGUUUCACUUAUUGUAAUAAUAUUGCAACAUUAUGUGUUGAUCUAGAUCAAUCAAUUGAUUUAGCAAGAUCAGAAUUUGCAUUGGUUGUUCCUCAACAAGAUAUUCAAGAAUUUGGGAUAAAUUAUGGGACAGGUAAUAAAAUAUUUGAUGAUCCAGUUUAUGUUGAUUAUAUGACAGGUUGUGAUGAACCUCAAGUUGGGUAUACAAUUCUGAAUCUAAAAAAUCCUGAUCAUAAUGAGAUUUUAACAAGAACUUAUUCCACUUAUUCAGCUGCAUCUAAAACAACAACAAAUGAUUCUGCUACUCACAAUAAUAAUUAUCCAACUCAUCAUCAUCAUCAACCACAAAGAGAUUUAUACAACAUGCCAUCAUCACCUAUUGAAACUUACAAAGAAAUUAAUUCAACUCCACUUUAUACCCAAAACAAAACUCAAUUACCUAAAUCACCUUUCACUCCAUUUUCUCCGUUGAAAGAUCUACCUACAAAUGGAAGGAAUCAAAUGACAACAUCUCCAAAAGCAAAUUUGGCAUAUAACUAUAAAGCUCAAACUCCAAUUACAAAUUAUAAUGAUGGCAAUACGAAUUCACCAUAUAAAUCAAUGCUUCCUACAACAACACCUACGAAAAUUCCACCAUUGAAAAAUCAAAAUGAUAUUAGUCCUAUUAGAAAAGCACCUUUGGAUCUUUUAUCCCAUAAAACUCAAUCUACAGUUAGUACAUCAGAAGAUAAUGACGUUUUUUCCCUUGCUCCAAAUAAAGACGAUAAAUUAACUAAUAGUCAAGGAUCUAAUUCAUCUCAUUCAAAUUAUAGUUCAUCAGAAAGAAAUUGGGCAUCACCAAGAAGACGUGAAAAACAAAUUCAACAAAUGCAAGAUCAAAUUACUAGAAAAUCAACAGGUGAUUUUAAAUAUAAACGACAACAACCUCAAAUAUUAGAGGAGAAACCAAUUCAACAACAGAAAGUGCCAAUAAUGAAAGAUUUCUCAAUAGAUUUCAUAGCUAAGGCAUUGGAAGAUUUGAAUUCAGGUGGAGAUGGUGAUGUAAAUCAAUUUAGACGAUCAGUUCGAUCAUCUAAUGGAGGAAGUCCUAUAAAGCAAUCUAACGGACAUCAUCAAAUACAACUUAAUAAUCAAUAUAAUUAUAAUGAUAUCAGUCCGAAAAAAAUGAGACCCAAAUCGGAUUAUAUCGAUGAUCAUAAUGAAAUAGCUCAAAGGUAUGAUUCAAUAAACUUUACUAGACCAAAAUCAAUGAUUGAUAUCGCAGAGACAAAACCAAUACAACAACAACAACAACAACAACAAUUAACAAACCAAAAUCCAUAUCACAAGAUCCACCCUUAUCAAAAAUACAAAUCACAACCACCAACUCCAUCAAAACCACCCCAACAACAAAAAUUAACACCAAUAAAUCAAAAACCAUAUCUAACAAAAGCAACAGCAAAAUAUUCAUAUAAACCACAACAUAAAAGUGAAUUAUUUUUUAGAAAAGGUUGGGAAAUGUAUAUUUUGCAUAAACAAGAAGAUAAUUGGUUCAUAUGUGAAUUAGGUGAGAAUUGUAGUGAUGAAUUUAUUGGAAUGAUUGGAUUAGUUCCUGGUAAUUAUAUUGUUGAACAUGAUUAA